ACUGGCCAUAAAUAAAGAAGUAUUUGUUGUGCACACUGUCCCAUUCAUCUGGGAAUCCAACAUACGACUGUGACCAUGGCACAAGAUCCUCGCGCCCUUCUACAAAAGGCUGACAAGGCGGCAGCUGGCGCUGGAAGCGGAUUCAGUUUCUUUGGUGGACGGCAAGAGAAAUGGGAGAAUGCAGCGGAUCUAUACACACAAGCUGCAAAUGCAUUUCGCUUGCAAAAACUAAACAAAGAAGCCGGUCAAGCAUUCGAGCUAUGCGCCUCUAUCCAGACAGAAAAAUUGAAUGAGCCCGAUGAUGCCGCCAAUACCCUCACCGAAGCUUUCAAAGUUUACCGGAAGACGGAUCCUUUAGACGCAGCACGAUGUCUCGACAUCGCGAUCAACCACUACACAGCAAAGGGGAAUUUCCGGAGAGCCGCUACACAUAAACAGAACUUGGCAGAGCUGUAUGAGACAGAGGUUGGCGACCAGAAGAAGGCGAUGGAGAGUUAUGAGUUAGCUGCUAAUUGGUUCGAGAAUGACAAUGCUGAGGCAUUGGCAAAUAAGCUCUAUCUGAAGGUCGCCGACCUUUCGGCUCUCGAGGGCGACUACUACAAAUCUAUCGAGCAUUUUGAGAAAGUCGCUGCAACAUCAGUCACCAACAACCUCAUGAAGUAUUCAGUAAAAGAAUACUUCCUAAAAUCCGGACUGUGCCUCCUAGCUGUUGGCGAUAUGGUGGCGACGAAUCGAGCACUUGACAAAUACAGAGAUAUGGAUCCAACAUUUACUAGCACAAGGGAACAUCAACUGUUGGUUGACCUCUCUGAGACGGUGGAGGCGGGUGACCAGGAAGCGUUUGCGGAUAAGCUGUACCAGUACGAUCAGAUCAGCAAGCUGGACAAAUGGAAGACUACGAUCUUGCUGAGGAUCAAGAAUGCUAUCGAGGAGAAGGGAGAGGACUUUUCUUAAGCCAUGAGAGUAGAUGUUGGCGUUCCGGGUCUGGAUUUUUGAGUUGAUAUAGCUGGAGCUCUUACAGCGGAUGCACAUUGUCAU